CAGUUUAAUAUGGGGAGCUCCUGUGCCUCCUCCCCGAGUGCAAUUAUCUUUCCAGUUUUACUUCAUUUUUAAAAUUCUUAAAAAUGGUAAUAUUUCUUUGUGUCAUUGCAGUGGCGAAGUGAAGACCCGAGUAAACAAGAAAAUGUAAACGAGGGUGCUGAAGAAAAAAAUAUUUCCAAAUCUGUAGUAGGUCUUCUUGCGGUAUUAUGUGCGUGUUUCUCAAGUGGGUUUGCUGGAGUAUAUUUUGAAAAAGUUUUAAAAACCUCUCGCGCUUCUCUGUGGAUGAGAAACGUUCAAUUAGGUAAGAAUGAAGGUCAUUGCCCACACAACUCCCUUCCAAAUAUCUGAUGGGAUGUUAAUUUUACGUGAUUUAAAACGUCACCAGACAGAAGUGUAGAAUUUACAUUUGUGUGGUGUGUCUUCGAGGUUAGCUGAUUCCAAUAGCUACCCACCGAAUAUGAACACGUUUUGUGAUUGGCUUUUUGAAACGACAGUGGUUAGCGUUUAUUUAACUUAGUAUAAAAUAAUUAAACACAAUCCGAAGAUUAGCAUCUUGAUACCCAAGAUAUAAGUUAACAAAAGACGAGAAUGAGUUUGUGAUAUUUCAAUUAUUUUAUUCUAAAAUUAUCAUCAGACUAACUAAAGUUACAAUGUACGCAAUCUCGUACCCGAUUAUUAUGCCCGUUCGCAGGUUAGUUGCUGGGUACGGGCAUACUGUGGGUACGAGAUUGUACAAGGUCUUUAAAAGGUAUCCUUGUCUUUUUAUUUUAUGCUUUUUGAAAUUGUCGGCUGGUGUUGGGUUUUUUAUCUAACUCGUUCUGUGGAAAGAUGAUUUAUUUUAUUGUUAUAAUCAGCCAAUCACAAAGCCUGUUCAUAUAGAUACAGGAUGUCACCGCUGGCACAGUAACAACUCUAUCGAUAGCAAAGAGUUUAUUAUUUUACUUUACUCUUGUUUUGCAGCAAUAUUUGGUAUAAUACUUGGUCUUAGUGCUGUUUUUAUUAAUGAUGGAUCUGCCGUUCGUACAAAAGGAUUUUUCCAAGGAUACAAUAAGUAUACUUGGACCGUUGUAUUUUUACAGGUAUUUAACAACUGUUCGCCGAAGGCGAGGUGAUUAUCGGGAAAUAUCAAGACGAAGUCGAGGUGAAUAUUCCCCGAUAAUCACCGAGCCUGAGGCGAAUAAUUGUUUCAGUAUUUUUACACAAGUCGUUUGUGUUUUUUUGGGACUGAAUUUAUUUUAAUUUCGCUUAUUUCUUUAUCAGUAACUUCCACAAACGGCCAGCCACCAUUUUGAAAAUUUCGGUUUUGUUAUAUUCACCUGUAGGUGAAUAUAACAGCUUAAUAUGUCAAAUUUGACCAAUCAACCUGUAGGAUUUGUUAUAUUUACUUGUGCAAAAAUAUUAAAAACAUUUAUUCACUUUUUAUUCUGGAGCCGGUUGUACGAAAGCUGGAUAGUGCUAUCCACCGGAUAGUGCUUUUUUCAAGUUUGUUAAAUCAGUCUUUAAUUGGUAUAACUCAGAUUAAAGUUUAGUAUUUAUAAGUUAAAGGUUUUUUAUGUGGUGUUCAUAUCCGUACUAUUACAGCUUUUCAGGUAUUUUUACAAUGGUUGAAAAGUCACUAUUUGGUGCUGGGAUAGCAGUAUCCGGCCUUGGUACAGUACAAACGACCUCUGUACUAAAAGUAAAUAAGAUAGAACGAAACAGCCAAGAUAGAAACAGACAUAUGGAAGUGAAACAAAAUUAUUGUUGAGACGAAAUAUAAAAUGCGACUUAUUUCGUACAAUUUCCUCGGUUUUUAUCCAAAUAUUCAUGCAGCCCGUACAUUUUGCUACUUCGGAAAAGUUGAACUGUUAUAUCAAGCAAAAUUUGGUGUAAAAAUUGUUCAGCAAUAUUAUAUUAGUUGAGACAGCCAAUUGGCAGGGAGUGCGUGCGUGGUGGACAAUUUUUUAGCACUAUAAUAUCCUCGUCCCCAUGGCUUCUCGGCUGCCUGACUUAUGACAAUAUCAGGCAGCCGAGAAGCCCUGGGAACGAGGAAGCCGCUAUAAAUAAUAAUAAGAAUAUUUAAUAUUUAUGUUGCGCAAGUUAACAUGUUAUAGUAUAUGAUCAAAUGCGCAUAAAAUUAGCCAUAUGCACUCCGUUAGCUAUAUGGUCAGUCCUAUAUAGAUACUGACCAUUUUGGUUUCGGGGACUUUUUGUUGAAGGGUUGGAAAUGUUAGAUCUAAAAUACUAAUAUUUCUUCUAAUUGUAGGCAUUUAAUGGAUUGGUUAUCGCGACAGUUGUCAAGUAUGCAGACAAUAUUUUAAAAGGAUUCGCAACGUCAAUAUCAAUAAUUGUAUCUUCUGUUAUAUCAUAUUAUUUCCUCCAAGAUUUUGAGGUGUCAAAGUAAGUUAACUAGAUUAAUAUACACUAGCACAUGCACUCUGCAGCUACAGGUAAGGGAGUAAGAGGGUUAUAUGAGCUUUACAUGAGCUGGCCCUCUCUGGACAGAUCAUACACUGGAAAUUUGUUUCAAAAUCCUUACUAUGGAAAUAGCAUGAUCGAUCUUCGUUGGAAAUAGUAUGGAGGUCAUAUUUACAUACUAAUUGCAAUUUUCCCAGUGAUAUGUGCUUUGAAAUCCUUUAUAAUAUAAGAGAACCAGCCACCCUAAACGAGAUCUUGCUAAAAUGACUACCUGAGAUCUCGUCAAAAGUAUUAGAGCUAGAAAUUUUUUAUAAACGCACCAGAGAGGGCUGCUCCUAAUAGAUUCUAUGGUAGUACUAAGUAAAUAAAAUACAAUACAACCUUAUAUGCAUGCAUGCAGCUACUUUGUUAAGGCCCGUUUACACUUGCAAUUUUUGCUGCGAUUUCUUGUGCGAUUUUCUUCCUCUGAUGGAUGUGAUUGAGUAAAUAAGUUAUGAAUGUUCUGAGUAUAGACCCAUUGCACUUGACGUCACAGCGCCAGUAACGAUGCAUCUGGAGGACAAAUUAGCAAUCUACGCAUAAUAUAACUUUUGUAAACAAAGCAAAUUUUGUAAAGGUUUAUAAUAAUUUUGUAUUAAAAUGGUUAAUUUUUGCGCUGUAUGUGGUUGUUGUACCCGAACAGAUAUUGUUAGGUAGCAUCUGGAGGACACUCUAAGGAUUUGUGACGUCAGUGCAAAGGGUCUAUAUGACUCAGUGAUGUACCCUCAACUAAACUUUCAUAACUUAUCCACUCGUUCCCAUCCAUCAGAAGAAGAAAAUCGCACCUAAAAUCGCAGCAGAAAUUGCAAGUGUAAACAGGCCUUUAAUAAGGGUAGGUAGCUUGAAAACCUGGUUUGAAAAUACACUGAAUUUGAUAUGCUCGAUCUGAUAUUCAACAAUUAUUCGCCGAAGGCGAGGUGACUAUCGGUGAAUAAAAACCGAGACGAAGUCGAGGUUUUUAUUCCCGAUAAUCACCGAGCCUGAGGUGAAUAAUUGUUUUAGUAUAAUUUCAUAGGUGAUUAUUUGGAAAAAAAUAAGAAAAUACACAUUUCUUCGUCAUUUAAUUGACAAAAAGGCUUCGGCCGCCAUUUUGAAAAUCGCUUAGGUGAUUAUCGUGUAAUAAUCACCUCAACGGCAACCAAUCAGCGUGGAGAAUUUUCAAUAAUCACCUAUGUAAUUAUACUAAUUGACAGUUAUUCUACGAACUCGAGUCGAUUAUCACUCAUAUUCGACGAGAGUGAGUGGAAUAACUGUUUUAUUGUAUACAUAAGGUCUGAAUUCACAGACUUUGCUUUUCGGAUAUUUUCAAUAUUUUUCUAUUUUGUUUAUGUUUUUCGCUCUUUCAGCCGAUUAUUUUUUCAAAAAUAUAUAUAAUUUUUUACCAUUUUAAAUUUUAAAAAUUCAUUUGUUAACUAGUAAACAAUUUGUGGGAGUUUUUCAUUGUGUUUUUAAUCCUGUAAAGGCUAUACAAAGCGAACAACUUGCCGUUUUAUCGUUCACAAAACGUCAGAAAUUUAGUUUGAGCCGCCAUUUUGUUUUUCUGUACUAGCAGGAUAUGAACUAAUAUCCUGCUAGUAGAGAACCAAUCAGAUUGCAGAAUACCUCAUAUCCAGACCUUGCGAUCCUCGGGACAAUCUCGUUCCCAGAACAAUGCCUGUGCGCAGGCAAGGAAGACAUUGGCUCUGGGGAAAUUGAAUUUUUUCUGUGCUGUGAUUGGUUUAACGUUUAUCAAUAGUGCAUGCCGACAAAGAACCGGAACCCCUAAAUUUAGGGGUUCCGGUUAUCAAUUUCCCCAGAGCCAAUGCUUUCCUAGCCCGCGCACAGGCAUUGCUCUGGGUACGAGAUUGUCCUCGGGAAGGAACGCGAGGCUCUGGGAUAAUCCGUUGCCGGAAGCCAGAAAUCCUGGCUAAGAUUGAACUGCGCAUUCCAUAUCAACGGCCAAUCAGAUUCCUCCCUGAAUCGGAUUAUCCCAGAGCCUCACGUUCCUUCCAGAGGAUCGCAGCCUCGGGGGAACGAGAUUGCUCAGUUCCGGGUUCGAUUCCCACCGUGGUCAGGCAAAUUUCUCAGCCGGCCCGGUGUGGAUCGUCACUCAGAGUAACAUCAGAAACAUUACACUAAAUCUGUUGUAUUUUCACCUCUCUUAGACAAUUUUUAGCUGGUGCGUCAGCUGUUUUACUGGCAACGUACUUAUAUUCAAAACCUGAUAAAGCUCCACCUCUACCCUUAAUACCAAUGACAUAUUCAAGGACCAGCAUGCAGAACUAAUUUAAUCACGUCUUAAACGAAUGCUGAUGCGAGAAUGUCCAUGAAGAAGGAGACAGUAAUUUUUUACUAGAACUAUAUUCACUAAUGUUCUCUGUUGAAGCAAGUGUUGGAUAGCUUUAAAAUAAUCCAUGAAGACAUAAUACGUUUCUUUUUUCUUUUUCAACUUUUAAUAAAAAGGUAAAAUAUUUGGUGAACAUGCAGACGCUCUUUGACCAAAGAAUUUUACAUCUAUUACAAUUUUACAAGCUUUCUACUACCAGUCUGUAGACUUCGACGGUCGUGAUAUGUUUCAUCCUGACCGCGCAUCAGCCUCUAGUUUUUCUAAAAAAGAUUAAAAGCUAUUUAUAUAUGUAUAUACAUUGGAAAACUUAAAAAUGGUAUAAAAUAAAAAUUACAUUAAUGGCGUAAAACUGGGAGGCUGGUUUCACACACAUUUUCCAAUAUUUUUAUUGCUAUAUAUAGUUUUGAUUAUAACCUUUUAUUAAAAGUGUGUUGAAAGAGG